AUGCCCACAGCAUGCCUGGCUGGCCAGUGUGGCCUCAGUUUCCCCUUGCUCAGUGGCACAGCCUGGCCAAGCUGCCUGUUGCUUUGCAGUGCCCUGCAGGAGCAGAAGGGCGAGCUGCGCAAGCGGCUGUCCUACACCACCCACAGGCUGGAGAAGCUGGAGACAGAGUUUGACUCCACCCGUCACUUCCUGGAGAUUGAGCUGCGCCGAGCUCAGGAGGAACUGGACAAGGUCACUGAGAAACUGCGCAGGAUUCAGAGCAACUACAUGACGCUGCAGCGUGUCAACCAAGAGCUGGAGGAUAAGCUGUACCGGAUGGGCCAGCACUAUGAAGAAGAGAAGCGGGCGAUGAACCACGAGAUUGUGGCCCUCAACAGCCACCUGCUGGAGGCCAAGGUGACCAUUGAUAAGCUGUCGGAGGACAACGAGCUCUAUAGGAAGGACUGCAAUCUAGCGGCCCAGCUGCUGCAGUGCAGCCAGAGCUACGGCAGGGUCCAAAAGGCGUCCAGCAGGCUUCCCUCGGAGUUCCAGCAGCGUGUGAGCCUGCACAUGGAGAAGCAUGGCUGCAGCCUUCCUUCUCAACGCUGCCAUCCGGUCUACGCUGACAGCGUGCCCACCUGCGUCAUGGGCCAGGUGCUAGAGAAGCCAGACCCUGGAAGUCUGUCCUCGCACCUGUCGGAUGCCUCGGUCUGCGACCUGAGCUUCUGCGAUGGAGCCGGAGCCGAGAAGUCGGGCGCGCGUCCCCAGUACAAGGAAGACAUCUACUGCAGCGACCAGGCUCUCUACUGCCCCGAAGAGCGUCAGCAUGACCGGCGACCCGGCGUGGAGACGCCAGUGGCCGAGGUGGGCUUCCUGCGGGGCCAGAAUUCCACCGACAGCGCGGCGGAUGAGGAGGAGGAAGCCGAGGCCGAGGGGGCAGCCUUCCCCGACGCCUACCGCCGCCGCCGCGAUGCCUUCGCAGGCUACGCGGCGUCGCUGCGCACCUCCAGCUCCUACUCCAGCUUCAGCGCCACGUCCGAGGAGAAGGAGCACGCGCAGGCGGGCACGCUGACCGCCUCGCAGCAGGCCAUCUACAUGAAUAGCCGCGACGAGUUCUUCAACCGCAAGCCGCCCGCGGGCGCCUACGGGAGCAGCCCUCGCUACCCCAGGGCCUCGGCCACCCUGGCCUCCCCGCUCGAGGCCCAGGGCGCCCCAGGUUAUGCUCGGACUGUGUCUCCGUACCAGGCCGACUCCUACCGCUUCCCGACCUCCCCAGGUCCCCAGCCGGCUCUGAUGCCUCCAAACCUGUGGAGCCUGAGGGCCAAGCCAAGCGGGAACCGGCUCGGAGGAGGAGGCGAGAACAUUCGUGGCCAGUGGCGCCCCGUGAGCGUGGAGGAUGUCGGCGCCUACAACUACCAGCCUGGCAACGGAGGAGGAGGCCGCCGUUCGCCCUUCGCUGACCGCUUCUACCGUGGAGGCGGCCGCGGAGGCCGCAGCAGCCCAGGCAAGGCCGAGGGCCGUGGCAGCCCCCUCUAUGCUAGCUACAAAGCUGAUAGCUUCUCGGAGGGCGAUGACCUCUCCCAGGGUCAUCUGGCUGAGGCCUGCUUCCUCCGCAGCCCUAACCGUUCAGUUGACCCUGGCUACGCAGCCAGUGAUGGGGAUGGGGAUAGGCUGGCCGUGCAGCUGUGCGGGGCUGCCAGCAGCCCCGAGCCCGAGCAUGGGUCCCGGGAUUCCUUGGAGCCCAGCUCCAUGGAGGGCUCUCCUGAAAUGCACCCUCCUAACCGUCUCAGCCCCCAGCAGGCCUUCCCCAGGACUGGAGGGUCUGGGCUGAGCCGCAAGGACAGCCUCACUAAGGCCCAGCUCUACGGCACCCUGCUCAACUAACUGCUCCAAGCAGGAUGCAGUCAGUUGCCCCCACCUGCCCUGCUCCAAAUAGGAAGCAGUCGGCCCCCACGUGAACGACCCCUGCCAAGGAACUCUAGUUCCUUUGACCCCCUUACCAACACCCCAGUAAAACCUGAAAGAGCAACCCUCCCUGCUAAUCGUCUUGUUCACCCCAGCCUCUGCUACAAGCG